AUGGCGCAUCUUCAAUCGUUAUCCAACCGGCUUGACCCCACCCGGGGCACCAGUCUUGCGCGCGUCAAAAGUCAGCAGCUCGCGCGGGAGGAGGACGAAAAAGUUCGGAUGCGGCGCAUCAAAGGGACCAUCGUUCUGAUGGAGCAGUUUCUGGUAGACCAAGGCUAUAUGAAUAGCCUUCAGGCGCUCCAGCAGGAAAGUGGGGUAUCGCUCCAACAAAACUGCGCCGCGGACAACAUCGACCUGCUCUCGGUGGUAAACGAGUUCGAGCAGUUCUACGAGCUCAAGUACCAACGUCGGCCGCGCUUAUUCCGCCCGCAGGGCCCCGAGGACCCCGUGCCGCGCGAGAAAGGCGGCGAGCGGAUGUUAACGCGGAAGCCGGGCCCGCGGCUCCCCCCUUCCGGCGCCCCCGCCGAGCCCGGCUCGGGCUCGCUGAGCCACGGCAGCCUCUCCGCCACGUCGCUCGCGCGGCGGGUGGAGCCGCUGGAGGCCGGGCACCGGAACGGCAGCGCCUCCCCCACGGCCCCCAGCGAGAGCGCGGAGCCGGGAAAGGGCGAUAAACCGGGCGCCGGCCUCGGCGGGGUGAAAGGGGUCAAAAUACACCCCCCGGCGCUGCCCUCGGUCGACGCCGCGGCGAAACCCGCCGAGGAGGCGAGCCUGUUGGACGCCUUCUACGGCCGCGCCCUCAAACCCCUGCCUUUUUUCCCCACAGGCGAGCUGCACGACCUGGCCCAGAUUAUCAUGCGGGACAUCGUCGACACCAACCCGGCGGUGCGCUGGUCCGACAUCGCCGAGCUCGACAACGCCAAGCACCUGCUCAAAGAGGCCGUGGUGAUGCCGGUGAAGUACCCGGGGCUUUUCGAGGGGAUCGUGCGGCCGUGGAAAGGGAUUUUUCUCUUCGGCCCGCCCGGGACCGGGAAGACGUUGCUCGCCAAGGCGGUCGCCACGGAGUGCCGGACGACCUUUUUUAACAUCUCCGCCAGCACCGUCGUCUCGAAGUGGCGGGGGGACUCCGAGAAGCUGGUUCGCAUGCUCUUUGAUCUCGCCGUGCACUACGCGCCGAGUACCAUCUUUAUCGACGAAAUCGACUCCAUCAUGUCGACCCGCUCCUCGGCGGGCGAGCACGAGGGCUCGCGGCGCAUGAAGACCGAGUUGUUGGUGCAGAUGGACGGCUUGGCGAAGCGGCGCGGGGGGAAUAUCGUGUUCGUCCUGGCGGCCAGUAAUACCCCGUGGGAUUUGGAUGCCGCGAUCCUGCGGCGCUUGGAGAAGCGCAUUUUGGUCCCACUUCCAAGCCUGGAGGCCCGUCGGCUGAUCUUCUGUCGGAUCUUACACGACAACGUCAUCACCACGGCGGAAGACACGAGUUCCCCUGAUGAAUUUGAUUGGUCCCGGUGCGCAGAACUGACGGAGGGGAUGUCCGGUGCGGAUAUCGAUAUUAUCUGCCGCGAAACCAUCAUGCGGCCUAUUCGAAAGUUGUUAGAAAAGCUAGAAGAGGCCGAUACGGCUCCGUCGUCUUCUUCUCGUACGUUGGAUUGUACCAACAUCAAAAGACCCAAGGCAUCGAUGGCGGAUAUCGAAGCAAGUAUUGCCUGUACCUGCAGUAGUAUUAGAGACGGCGAUCUGGGGCGAUAUCAGGAGUGGGCCAAAAAACAUGGAUCCGACAUGUCGGUCUAG